AUGUCUACCGAAUAUUCUCUGGAUGAAAGUCUUUCGAUGAAGCAAGAAGAAACGAUGAAUCAAUUGAGAAUGUUAAUCUGUUAUUUUCUUUUGACAAUAAUUAUGUGGAUUGAUUGUAUUGAUCUUAAUAAAAAUCCAUCAUUUAUCGAUAUUUCAAUAAAAAGUGGUAUUACUCAUGAUAAUUAUGUAAUAAAUCCAAUUAAUCCAAUUCCAAUAAAUGAUCAUAGUCGACUUGCUUUUUGUGAUUUGAAUGGUGACGAUUGGGAUGAUAUAGUUAUGCAUAGUUUAUAUCCAAAUUUACAAAAGAAUAUUUCUCUUGAACAUUUAAUAUUUAUUAAUAAUCGAAAUGGAACAUUUACUGAUUUUAGUAAUCAAUCAGGUUUACGUCACGUUCAAGCAGCUUUCUUUGUAUUUGCUGAUAUUGAUAAUGAUGGAGAUCAAGAUCUAUUCGCUGGUCUUGAUUAUCCAACAAAAGAUUUAACGAAUCAAAUCUAUUUAAAUGAUGGUUAUGGGCAUUUCACUCUUUUAGAAAAUUCUGGUAUCGAAGGAAUUCCUGGUAAUUCUCUUGCUGCAAGUGCUAGUUUUGCUGAUUUUAAUAACGAUACUUUUCUUGAUUUGUAUAUUGGUAAUGGCGGAUCACUUCGUGGUGUUUCAGAUCAAUUAUUUUUCGGUAAAGGUAAUGGAACAUUUGGAGAAGUAACAAAUACAAGUUUACUUGAUAUAAAUCCAAAACAACCAACAAAUGGUAUUGUUGUAUGUGAUUAUGAUAAUGAUGGUGAUGUUGAUAUAUUUGUUUCAACUUAUGGAGUUAGUAUUGCUCUUGGUCAUAAUAUUUUAUGGGAAAAUGAUGGAACUGGUAAGUUUAAAAAUGUUGCGAGUAUUCGUGGUAUAUCAGCUCAAGCGACAGGUAAUUAUUGGUUAUCAUCAACGAAUAAUGGAAGUUUAGUUGAACCGGGUAAAAAUAUGAGUAAUUAUGUUGGUUCAAAUGGCUUUGGAAUUGAUUGUGAAGAUAUAAAUGGUGAUGGUUUGAAUGAUAUUUUUUUAACAACAAUUUCACAUCCAGUUGAAUCUGAUUAUAAUCGCAAAUGGUCAGACCCAAGUCAAUUAUUGAUUAAUCAUAUUUCAGAUAAUGGUGAUCAUAUUUUUAUUAAUGAAUUUUUAAAACGUAAUUUACCUUUUAAUGAAGGUGAUAUUGAUGCUGCUAUUGCUGAUUUUGAUAAUGAUGGUCGUCUUGAUCUUGCUGUAACACGUGAUACCAAAUAUGAAUCAAGAUAUACAAAUUUUGAUCAACAAUCAUGGUUUGGUCUUAUGCAUCAAAAUAUUGAUGGAACUUUUCAAAAUUUAGGACAGAUUAGUGGAAUUAAUAAUCUACAAUCGACUGAAAGAGUUGCUCGAAUGAAAGGUGGACAGAAUUUUGCAUGGAGUGAUAUUGAUCGAGAUGGUGAUCUUGAUUUACUUGUUGGUGGACGUGAUCAAGGUGGUGGACGAGCUAAUUUUCUUUUUGAAAAUAUUAUUGGAGAAAAUAAAACUUGGAUAGCAAUUAAAUUAAUCGGUGAUGGUAUUCAUGUUAAUCGAGAUGCUAUUGGUACUCGUGUUACAUUACGAUUUACGAAUUGGAUAAUGAUGCGUGAACAAAAAUCAAGUCGGGGAACGUAUAGUUCUGCUGAUACUCGUCUUUUACAUUUUGGUCUUGGUGAUUUUAAUCAAAAGUUUAGUCUUGAAGUACGUUGGCCUGAUAGAACAUUAAAUACAUAUCAGAGUAAUAUUAUUCCAUUGAACAAUUUUAUCACUAUAGAUUAUAAUGCUGGAUUACAUCCACAAAAUUCAGGCUUAAGAUCUUUUCACACGAAGAUAACAAUUUUAUUCUUAUUCGUUCAUUUUAUUAUUUUCUAA